GAGAAAGUUAGAUAAAAAGAAAUAAAAAGAGAAAAAAACACAAUAACUCCCCACUAGUUUCGCCCCUUUUUCAGUGCUUUAACCCAAAAACUCUUCAUUUCAACUUUUUAUUUUUUGCCUUAACCUGCAAUUGUCCAACUUCCUCUUCUUCUUCUACCUUCCAAUUUUUCCUUACCAUAAAACCAACGUAAACUUCUCUGUACCUUAAAAAAAACAAACUUUUUUUGUCCUAGUUUUAAUUUUUUUCCUUAUUUUCUCAUGGAGUUGAUUGAAGCAAGAGCAUUGAAAUCUAGUUUUCUUUCAGACAUGGCCAUGAAAACUAGCCAACAAGUUUUUCUUGAUGAUAUAUGGUGUGUAACAGGGAUUAAUAACGUACCAAGUGAUGAUUUUUCAGUUGAUGACCUUUUGGAUUUUUCUGAUAAAGAUUUCAAAGAUGGCUCUUUACAAGAACUGCAUGAAGAUGAUGAAAAAGACUCUUUUUCUAAGUCUUCUCAAAACAGAAAUUCACAAGACUCCACCUUUUCCGGCAUGGAAAGCUUUGGAGAACUCCCUAUUCCGGUUGAUGAAUUGGAGAAUCUUGAAUGGUUAUCACAAUUUGUGGACGAUACUUCAUCAGAAUUCUCUUUGUUGUGUCCGGCCAGCAGUUUCAAGGACAAAACCGGCGGUUUUCAAGAAUCCCGGUCUGAACCGGUGGUUAGACCGGCUGUUCAGAAAAUGAGAGCUCCAUGUUUUUCGUUACCUGUUCAGAGGAAACCAAGAACCAAACGGUCCAGACCGGCUGGAAGAACAUGGUGUUCCCCAUCACCAACAGUUUCAGAAAACUCUUCUUCACCAACCUCUUCAUCAUACGGUUCUUCACCUUUCCCUUCGGUUUUAUUCAUGAACCCGGUUCAAGAUGGUGACUGGUUAUGUAGUGUAGAAAAACCGUUGAAAAAGCCGAAAAAGAAUUCAUUAGCAGAGAACCCGGUUCAGCCCGGUUCAGGACGUAGGUGUACUCAUUGCCAAGUUCAAAAAACACCACAGUGGAGAGCCGGUCCAUUGGGUCCAAAAACAUUGUGUAACGCAUGUGGUGUUAGAUACAAAUCCGGUCGGCUUUUUCCGGAGUAUAGACCGGCUUGUAGUCCAACAUUUUCUCAAGAAGUUCACUCUAAUAGUCACCGCAAAGUAUUGGAGAUGAGGCGAAAGAAGGAAACCGGUGAGGUUGUUGACUCCGGUUUAAGUUCUAUGCUUUCAAUUUGUUGAAAUGCAAGAGAACCCGGUUCAUUUGAAAAGCGGUUUAGUAGGUCUAGCUUGGUUGCGGUUCAAAUGUGAAAAUUUUGGUAAAUUGUGGGUUGUAGGAGGCUAGGAGGGUAGGAAUAGAAAUGUAACGUAUUUUAGGGAGGUUAUUGUAAUUUUGCUUUUAGGUAUUUGCUACUUUAUUCAUUUUUAGCUUAAUUUUUCCUUUUGCAGUGUAAAAUCUAAUUCAUUUUCAGUUUAGUGGUCAAUCUUAUAGAAACCAUUCAUUUGUUUUCA